AUGAAGCAUCCAGUGCGAAUUUUGAAUGUCGCCACUGAGCGACGCCCCUGUUUAGAGGCUAGUGAUCUGAAGUUGCGGUUUGAUCCGGAAUUGCAAGAACUGAUACGAAACGAUACAAGCUGUGCUCUGAUCAUCUGUAACAUAGAUAAUACAAGAUGUCAUCAUCGCGCAGUGAUAGGGAUAACUGUGACCUUAUUCUCUUUUGUCGACAAGAUAGCUCAGUGGAUGGAGCGCGAAUUCACUAAUCGGAAGGUGUGUGGUUCAAACCCUACCUCUGCCUCUCGAAUUCCCCUGUCUAGGCCAGGGCAACCUGGCAGUAUCCCAGCCCUGAGGGUGGCAUGA